AAUAAAAAAAAAAGGGAUUUUGAAUUCUCUGUCUCCGAAGCUCUCACUUCAACUUCGCUCUCUAAAAAAAAGUUCUUUCUCAUGUAUUUCGUCGAUGCUUUCACUGACUUCUUUAUCUCUCUCACGUUUUGAAAAAAAAAAAAACUCUAUAAAGCUCUUAAAAAAGAGUUGAAGAAGUUAGUUUUAAGCUAAAAUAGAUUAGAUAGUGUAUGAGUAUACUGAUGACGAGCGCAUCGGAGCUCUUCCACAGCCGGAGAUCGUAUCGGGUGGGCCGCGGCAGCCCCGAUCUAUAUUCCGAUCGGACCUCUCAUCGACGCCACCACUGCAAUUAUCACGUUUAUCAUCUUCAUCAUCAUCACCAAGAUUCCCAACCCUCCGAUCCUCUUCGGCGAUCCCUUUACGAGCGUGCGGCAGUUCGACCUGAGCAAAGUACAAGUCAAUUUGUUUCAAGCAACAGUGCCAACACAGAAAAUUUAAGCAGCACAAGUAGGCCAAGGUUGAUUGAAAAUGAGGACAGGCUUCCUGGAGAUGUGCUGCUUGCAAGGGCUAGGCUUCUGGAGAGGUUGAGAGGGGUGCCAAUUUCUGCAAACAGGGGAAGUGGGAGACCUUUGUCAGACCGCACUGAAUUAAUGCUUGAAGAUGACCCAGGAGAGCUUGUUGAUGAUCAGGACGUGGGUACUCAAGCAUCAGCAGGUCAGUCAGCUGGAAGCUCAACCAUUACUAGCCUGACCUCUCGAAUCGAGAGGCUACAAUUAUUCUUAAAACCGAAGAAGAAGCCACCUGGUCUCAGUCAGGAGGCUCUAGAUUGUUUGCACCUGGAGGUUUUCAGCAGCAAGGUUGAAGGGGCAGUAUCAAGAGCUUCACAGGAUUGUAGUAUAUGUCUGGAGACAUUUGUGGAGGGAGACGUGCUUAUACGCUUGCCAUGUUCCCAUAGGUUCCACUCUGCCUGCUUGGAUCCCUGGGUUCGAACUUGUGGUGACUGCCCAUAUUGUCGCAGAAGUAUAGUAACAAAUCACAAAGCGUCAAAGAGUUAGAAAUGUUUUUCUAAACUGGGUUUCCUACACGUUUGAAAGCUUUGGCUUGACACUGACCAAAUUAUGCCGUUAAUUUGUAAUUGUGUGCAUAUAUUAUUGUAUCUCCUGCUCUGUUGUGUACACACGAGAAAAUCUGGUCUCAUUGUAUUUUUUGACUGUUAUUUUGAAAUUUGAAUACGUGUUUUCUGUGUUUUA